GUUACCAUAUACCAAAUCAAAAGUACUGUAAAUACAACAAUACAUCAGACUGCCCCCGGUUUUGGCAGGCAUCCACAUCUUCUUUCCUUUGUCCAUAUAUAUGUACCCAACAAAUCGUCUAUCUAUCUAUUAUUAUAAAGAAAAGCAAUAACAUCUAUCUAUCUAUAUAGUAUAUCUAUAGAGAUAGAGAUAGAGAUAACGAAGCCACAGCCACAGCAGGCACAGGCACAGGUACGCACCACGCAGCCUCGUUUCGGUGGCCUCGCCUAUAUAAGCAGCGGCAGGCGAGUGCGGAGGGACCCAGAGGGAGCCUGACCCACCACCAGUUCUUCCACACCACACCUCGGCUCGGACAACCAACCAGAUCAGAAUUCAGAAGAGCGAGCCGCAGCCGAAGAAACCAAACCAACUCCACCUGGAUCCCAGACCAGACCAGAGGAGAGACCCCGACCCGACCCGACCCCAAAGGAGAAGGGGAAAAAAAAAAGAUCACCAGAAAUCUUUUCCUGCCUCGGAGGGCGAAAACCCCUCCGAUUCCGCCCGCGGCGCUUUCCAUUCGCUCCGAUCGAUUCGAUUCCGCCCUUGCUCCAAUGGCGUACUUCGGCGGCCGAGGCCAGGGAGCGGACGGCGGGUGGUUCGUGCCCGGCGCCGACGGUUGGGCGCUCCCGUGGGGAAGGGGCGCUGCCGCUGCGGCUGCUUCUUCUCCCGGCGCGAGCGGCAGCGGAGGCGAGCGGGAGACGCUGGCGGCGGUGAUGGCGAGGAGGGCGCCGUCGCCGUCGGCGAUCCGGCGGGACGCGGUGCGCGCCGCGGAGGCUGCCGCCGGCGAGGUGGUGCUCCGCGUCCACCCCACCCAGGAGGCGGAGCGCCGCCGCCAGGACGUCAUCAGCUACCUCAGGCGACUCAUCGGCUCCUCCCUCGGCUGCGAGGUCUUUGCAUUUGGAUCAGUGCCGCUGAGGACGUAUCUCCCCGAUGGCGACGUGGAUAUAACUGUACUGGGGAACACCUGGUUAAACAGUACAUUCAUCGAUGAUGUUCGCAGCAUGCUCGAGUCGGAACAGGAAAACUGUGACGCCGAGUUCAAACUGACAGGCUUGCACUUCAUCAACGCUGAGGUUAAGCUCAUAAAAUGUAUUAUUGAGAACAUUAUCGUGGAUGUCUCUUUCAACCAGAUUGGGGGUGUGUCCACGUUCUGCUUUCUUGAGCUGGUUGACCGUCAGAUUGGCAAAAACCAUUUGUUCAAAAGGAGCAUUAUGUUAAUCAAGGCUUGGUGCUACCAUGAAAGUCGCAUAUUAGGAGCCCAUCAUGGACUGAUAUCUACUUAUGCCUUGGAAACACUUAUUCUUUACAUAUUCAAUAUGUUCCACAAGUCUCUGCAUGGUCCUCUGGAGGCCCUUUAUACGUUUUUGGAAUAUUUUAGCAAGUUUGACUGGGAUCGAUAUGGCAUUAGCUUAAAUGGUCCUGUUGAUUUGUCAUCACUACCGAACUUAACUGUGGAACCUACAGAAGUACAAGGCGAAUUAUUGCUUGGCAAGGAAUUCCAACAAGGCUAUUUGGAUAGACUUGUUGUAAUUCCAAAUGAGUUUGAGGGAUGCGACACACAAUUCCGCCAGAAGUUUUUAAACAUCAUCGAUCCACUCAAGGCGAAUAAUAAUCUCGGCAGAAGUGUCAGCAAAGCAAACUUUUAUCGCAUACGGAGUGCUUUGUCAUUUGGAGCACAAAAGCUUGGUCAAAUUCUCAUGUUACCCUCCGAGUACAUUCGUGAUGAAAUUUACGGAUUUUUCGCAAACACACUGAAGAGACAUGGAAAGGGAGAAAGACCAGACAUUGACACUAGUAGUUCAUUCCAACCCUUGCUUGGUCCUGAGAGGGCACUUAAUGAAGAUGGAUCGAGGUAUAAAUCUUCUUGCAUGAAUGAGGGUGAAAACGGAAGUUCAUGUCAUUCAUCGAAACUGCCAGACAAGGACUCGAGUGUGACAGAUGUGCAUAAGAAUUCAGGUAAGUAUUUGCCUGGUCUUGUUCAGGAUCUUCCUUGGAACAAAAUCUGGUUCAUGGAAUAUGCAUCUGAUUUCAAAGAAAAUCCAUCAACUUUAGCAAGUUUAAGGAGCCACUCACCCUUUUCUCAAGAUAAUGGUAAUGGCAACAGUAAAGAGUGCUUGGAGAAUUAUGCAGCAGAGGAAGAUUUACACCAGAUCAGUAGAUUUAAUGUGCCACAACUGAUUUAUGCAGAGCAUCCAUCGCAUAUAUUGACUAACUCGACUAGUGCAAAUAUCUUGGAUUUUUCCAAUUCUGGUUUUGUUGAUGAGUCAGAUUGGACUGCUCCACGUGCAGGAAAAAAGUUACUCCCACCCUUCUUGCUGUCAAAUAUGCUGGAUCUCUCAGGUGAUCUGGAGCUGCACUUAGGAUGCCUUCGCAAAGUUCAGUACCACCUGGAGUCUUUGUUUGAUGAAUUCCUGCAGGCUGUUGAAGAAGCAUGUUUAGCUGAUAUGCUAGAUGAGGAUUCUUUCAAGAUGCCAGACAUGAUCUUGAAGUUGAAAACUAGCACUAGAUCCUCAAGCCUGUCAUUAUCUUCAUCUACUGAUAGCGAGAGAAGGAAACUAUCUCCUGUGUAUUGCUCUCAUAGCACAGGAGAUGAUUCACAACAACCACAUGCCGAGGCCCAAGUGGAUAUGGUUUGGCAGCAGAAUAUACCAUUGUCCCCCAACGGAUCAACAUUUCCCUCAUCUCCUUCAACAAAUUCAGAUAACUACCCUGUUUCUUGGUUUUGUUUCUCUCCUAAGACGCAUGGAACUGGCACAUACAUUCCCAAUGUGAGUUAUCAUACAUACAGGGAGCGUAUAACGCUUGAAAAGGAAAUCAUACGAGCAAGAAAACAAAGACAGAGGUUACCUGAUCGUCGGUAUUCCUCAGCUGACCAAGGAUAUUCUGUCUCACAAACUGAAGAUGCCACAGCUCAAAGUGCAACAAAUCAAUCACCGAAGAAGCAAAACAGUGCACAACAGAGUGGUUAUUCAAGCAAGAGCUCGGUUCCUGAUGGAGAUUUUGUUCGUUUCAAGGAGCAUGUAGCAACAGACGGUGGAACCAAACAGGCAGUAGGAAGAGAUUUUGUUGAGGAGGGAAGACAGACAAAGCCACCAUCAUCUUCGGCAGGGAUAGUACUUCCUCAAAAUGGUCAAGGAAAUCCUACCUGUCAGCCUUCCUCACCUGCCACAGCAGAUUUUUUACAUGCGGCCGAAAGUUUGGAGUUUGGAUCCUUUGGCCCUUUCUCGUUGGGACUUACCUCAACCUCAACACAGUUUGAGGAAGCAUUCCCAGCGCUCCCCACUAGAAAGAGAGCUGAAGUAGUACCUCCCCCUGUUAGCAAGGCGCCUGCUGAAGCCCCUGCUUCAGUGGCGCAGAGCGCUAAGGCUGUUGAAACCAAAAGCAGGUCAGAAGAGAAUGAAGAGAUGUACCAACUGAGAGAUGAAGCUGACUUCCCUCCCCUCCAAGCUGGUUGCCGCUGAGACUGACAGGACAUUGAGAUAAUCCAGCUAAUCGUAGUGGUAGAAGUUAUUGACGGGAAGAAGCUCGGAGUUACAGAAGGAUGUCAGAUAGGUGCCCCAGCAGGAUUUUCGUCCGACAGCGUAGCAAGUUUAGAUGCUAUCAGCCUUCGUGAUAUGGCGGCAGUGUGGUGCCGUGUAAAACAAUAACAUCUCACCUUUAUUUCUUUUUAGAUGAUGAUGAAUCCUUUCCUUAUCCUUAGAUAAACACCUAGAAGGCGUAGUGUAGCAAUAUAGUUUCGUCUUUAGCAUAGACAGUCCAAAAAAAUUGGAUUGGGAGAAGUGGAAAAUGUUUCCCGAAAAAAGGAACCGUGAUUAUGUAGAUUUGCUUCUUUAGCUUUCGAUUUGAAAAUAGAGAAAUGAAGAAUUAGGUGCAGCAGUUUGUUGUA